GGGAAAGAGGGAGAGAAAGAGAGAGAGAGAAAGAGAGAAAGAGAUUGAUUGAUUGAUUGAUAUGUGUUUAUUAAUGCCCUAGUUAACUAUGGGGCAAAAGACAAAAUAAAUACAGAUAACUAAAUUUAACAAAACAAGAAGAUGAAGAAUUGAUGUCGCACGCGAGAGUACAAUAGAAUGUCGGCUUAUCAUUGCAGAACCGACCAGCCACUGACAGGACGCAUCAGACUAGUAAUAUCUACGAUCUAAAUAAAGAUUACAAAGAUAAUAAGCGUACAUAGAACUAGAACUAAAACUUAAGAUAAGCGAUAAUACUUAAUAGUACUGAACAGCACUUGAAAUAAGUAGAGAGGCAAAGUGGUUAAGAUAUAUUAAUGCGUUCACGUGAUAGCAAAUGAUCAAACAAUAGUCGCUUGAAAAAUGUGAAAAAAGAUUCAGAAGUAACAGUAAGAGGAAGAGUGUGCCAAAAGUAGAUACCAGAAAGAUGAAAAGAAUUUUGGAAAGAGGUAGUGCGAUGAAGCGGGAUUUGGAAACAAGCAGAAGAUGGAAAGCGGGUCGAGGAACGAAUGGAAGGAUCAUUAUCAACAAACAGUUCGCUGAGAUAAGGAACAGCAUCGCCUUGACAAAUGCGAAACAUGUAUAGACCCAGGAAAUAGAACCGGCGAUUUUUAACUGAUAGCCAUCCGAGUCGAUGCCGAUACGGGGUAAUAUAAACAUCACGUUUAAGGUCGAAGAUAAAUCUGAUAGUGCAGUUAAUGAGCUGUUGUAAAUUUGAAUUGAGUUCUUCAGUAAGAUUAUGGUAUACGAGACAACAGUAGUCUAUGGCCCGUAUUCAUAGUCCGAUCUCAAAGCAGAACUUAAGGCUGACUCGAUGAAGAUCAUCUUAUUCAAUUCAGAUCAUCUCAAGAGUAGUACAUUUCAUAAUGACGAAAUAAGAUGGUCUUUGCGAAGAAGUUCUGACAUAAGUAGUUCUUAUUUCAUUUAGUGCCGUCUUCGCGAAGAUAUGCUUAAAACAGUGCUUAUUUAUGAAUCGGCAGUUUCCGUGACAUUUCUGUCAGUUCCACCAAUGGGAACAUUGCAUUUGCCUGUAUCUGCGUUAUAACCUCAACAAUACGUUCUUGAUUUUCUCGCAAACGCAAUACGAAGGACGAUGAGAGUACGAGCACAGGACUUGUUUUACACGUUCAUCAUUUUCCACAACAGGAUUAUCAGCUGUUGUUUAUUAGUAGGAUCGAGAAUCUCGACUGUUUAACUAAAUUGUAUGUUCGACCGACGCUCCGAUUUUCUCGCACAACGCGAUACAAAGGACCGAGAUCUCGGUGAGAAUCCGAGCACAGAACUUGAUUCACAAGUUUAUGAUUUUCUACAACAGGAUAUUCCACAGCAGGAUUGUCAUCUGUUGUUUAUCUAUAAUCAUAUUAACCUUACUUGCUUCACACGUUCUUGAUUUUCUCGCACAACGCGAUACGAAGGACCGAAGUCUCUGUGAGAUUCCGAGCACAGGACUUGAUUCACACGUUCAUGAUUUUCCACAACAGGAUAUUCCACAGCAGGAUUGUCACCUGUUGUUUACCAGUAGGGUCGAGAAACUUAGCUGUCUAACUUAUUGUAAGCUCGACCGACGCCCUGAUUUUCUCGCACAACGCGAUACGAACGACCGAGGUCUCAGUGAGAGUCUGAGCACAGGAUUAAUAAUGGAUUUAGCAAAUCUUGAAAUUUGCGAUAUAAAUUUGUUUAAUGAAGAAGAAAAUGAAAUCCGAAUACGUGCACCAAAACGAUACAUUCGUGAUAAAGAAAAUCCAUUUGAAUUCUUUAAUGAACAAGAAUUCAAGAAAAAAUUUCGAUUUUCAAAGAAUUCCGUAAUGUUUGGUAUUCUACCAUUAGUAGAGGAAGGACUGACAAAAAUAAAUAAUCGCGGUUUACCAAUUUCUCCUGUCUUUCAAUUAUUGAUUUGUUUGAGAUUCUACGCAACAGCAAGUUUUCAGCUAUGUUUAUAUGUAUAUAAGCUGCACAAAAUCACUUAUAAUUUAUUUUUGCAGCUUGUUAUGGGAGAUGUGAUACAAAUUUCACAAUCAACGAUAUCAAGAAUUAUUUUUCGAGUUUCUUGCUCUGAGAACAAACGUUUAUUUAAAGAACUUGGACGUGGUCCUGGAGCUAUAGGUUUUCCUUCAAUUGAUGGAGCGAUAGAUUGUACGCAUAUUCGGCUAACUCAUACAAGUUUUCGAAAUGUUGAUGAGAUAUAUCGCAAUCGGAAAGGAUACUUUUCUUUAAAUGUUCAGGUUGUUGUCGGACCGCGUACUGAAAUAUUAGAUAUUGUCCCAGAAUGGCCAGGAAGUGAGCACGAUAGCCGAAUAUUUCAAAACUCACGCAUAUAUAUGCGGUACAGAGAAUAUAGAUUGAAUGGAAUACUCGUUGGUGAUGCUGGGUAUCCUUCGUUGCCAUUUCUGCUUACACCGAUUGGUAAUCCUGUUACCGAUGAAGAAACAAGUUACAACAUAAUCCAUAGGAGGACAAGAGGAAUUGUCGAAAGAACUUUCGGCGUUUGGAAACGCAGAUUUCCGUGCUUAUCGAGAGGCCUGAGUACAAAGUUGUUAACUUCCACAACAAUUGUUGUAGCCUGUGCUGUUUUGCACAAUCUGACAUUGAUUUUAAAUGAUAAUUUGGAAGAAGAAGAUGAUGAAGGGGCAGAAAAUAUAAACGACGAAGUUCCAGUGCCUCAGCCUCAUUGGCAACCUGGGGAUGGUUUUGUCAUGCGAAAUGCAUUAAUCGAACGUCUUUUUAGAGUCUGUCAUGUUUGAUGAGAAGAGCACUGGUGCACUUUCCAUAAGAUGCGGUGCAAUAUUAAGGAUGUCUGGAUCCACACUUGCUUCAAUUUCUUGUGGUCCUCCACCAGUUGCGAGUCGCGAU